AUGAGGAGCACUAUCUCCUGUACGGAUGGCGACGCCACCGAACUGCUGCCAACGACUUCCCAUCAGACCGAUGAUACAAGCGACCGAUUACAGACAACUACUACCUACAUCGUACCAGAAGAGUACGACUACAUGCGCCUCACCGAACGGAAGCUCUGGCACGUUCUCAACCCCAUCCCAUCAAUCGCCAUCACAGUAGUACUGGGUGCCAUCUCAAGCAUACUUCAAAAUCGACUCGCCGAUACAUUAUGUAUACCCAAUGGCGAUAUGGCUCUUCCAGGCAGCUUCUCCAUUUGGAAAGCUGAAUAUGGCCUGUCAAUCACAGUCGGCUUCUGGAAGCUCGCUUUCGCUCAAGCCAAAGCUAUUGAUCUAGCCUGA